AUGAUCACACUAUCAUUGGCAGCACUGGCACUGAUCUUGCUGGUUGUAUUUCUCGUGAAGGAACUAUGGCGUCCGUCGAACUAUCCUCCGGGCCCCCAAUGGUUACCGAUUGUCGGGAAUACUCCUCUAGUACGCAACAUGGCGGCUAAGAAUGGUGAAUUGUUGGCGAACGUGUGCGACAAGUUGUCGGAGACGUAUCAAAGUAGCGUCAUUGGGUUGAAACUUGGCCAGGAACGUGUAGUGGUUGGUCUGGGGUACGAUGAUGUGAAGGACAUUUUUUUCAACGAAGCCUUCCAGAGCAGACCGGAUAAUUUCUUCGUUCGGUUACGUACACUGGGAACGAAAUUGGGCAUCACGUUUACUGAUGGUGCAUUCUGGAAUGAACAGAGAACCUUUGUUACGAGACAUCUUCGGCAGGCAGGCUUUGGGCGUCAGGCGAUGCAUGCUCAGAUUCAAACGGAACUAAACGAAUUGUUGGAAGUGCUCGAUAAUCGUAUGGAACAACCCAUCUGGCCUGGAUCGAUGCUCGCCAUCAGUGUUAUCAAUGUGCUCUGGACGAUCGUAACCGGUUCACGAGUACCGCGAGAAGAUGAUCGAUUGCAGAGACUGCUGCAGUUGCUGCAGGAACGUUCCAAGGCCUUCGACAUGUCCGGUGGAACCUUGAACCAGCUUCCAUGGCUACGUUUUAUCGCGCCUGAAUGGAGUGGCUACAAUUUGGUGCGUCGCUUCAACAAACAACUGACGGAAUUCUUCACUCCAACGAUCGAGCAGCAUCAUCGCAACUUCACGGAGGAUAAAGCUGUGGACGAUCUUAUCUACGCGUACAUUAAGGAAAUGCGCGACCACAAGGAUACAUCCGAUACCAACUUUACCGACGUGCAGCUGACGAUGAUCAUCCUUGAUCUAUUCAUAGCCGGUGGUCAUACAACGAGCACAACACUGGAUCUGGCAUUCAUGAUGAUGAUCAUGCGUCCGGAUAUUCAAGCAAAAAUCCACGAUGAAAUUGAUUCCCAGCUAGACCCUUCUGUUGUUCCUGAUUACAACGAUCAUCACACACUACCCUUUGUGGAAGCAUUCUUGUUGGAAGUUCAUCGUUUCUUCAGCAUUGCUCCUUUGAGUGGACCAAGGCGAGCCAUUACUGAUUGUACUCUUGGGGGCUAUCGGGUACCCAAGAAUACCACGGUUCUUAUAGGACUCCGCAACGUACACAUGGACCCGGAGCACUGGGGUGAUCCAGAGGUAUUCCGACCGGAGCGAUUCCUCAACGAGCAACGUGAAAUCGUCAACACCGAGCGUGUGCUGUCGUUUGGACAGGGAAAGCGUCGUUGUCUCGGUGAAACAUUGGCCCGCUCCUGUCUGUUUACGUUCUUUGUGGGUGUAAUGCAGCGAUUCUGUCUGCUCAAACCGGACGAUGCUGCGGAGGAAUCCGACAUGGAACCGUCCUUGACGCUUAAGCCAGGAAUAACGCUCUCAGCGAAACCCUAUAACGUGGUCUUUCAACCACGGAAAAUUGUAUAG